AUGUCUCUAAUGACAGUCGCGGACAAGCUGAAUGAAUUACUGCAACCACCCUCUGCUACCGGAACUCAGUUGCCGAGAUUAACAGAUGCCACAGCAUCAGCCCGCACUAUGGAAGCAUUGCACCAUUUCCACCAAGCCCCAGCCUUUACCGACGGCCAUACUCCUGUUCGCGUAGUAAUGGGCAAAGUGGUCGAACUUGCCUUCGAAACCCCCUUCCUCAUGCACGCCAUCAUAGCAUCGGCAACAACCCACCUCUGCACCCUCCUCCCAGACAACAAAGACUACCGCCUAGCAGAGGCAUACCACUGGCAACAAACAAUAAACCAAUACUCAACCGAAGUCUCGACAAACAUAACCCGCGAAAACAUGGACAAGCUCUACUCCGUCUGUCUAAUGAUAAGCAUGCACUCGUUCAUCCAAGAAACCUUCAACCCACACGCCUCCUUCGUCUUCACCACCGACCCAACAGCCCUAACCUGGCUCCGCCUGCAAGGCGGACUCCGCUACCUCCUCGCACGCACGCACCGCUGGCUCCCGCAGAGCAUGUGGUGGACCGUCUUCAUGGAGUCGCGGGACCCGUCCAUGGACUUCGAGGAUAAGCGUCCUGGUCGCGUGGGUCUUGAUCCGGACUUGGCGGAUCUGUGUGGGAUUACGGAGGAUUCGACCGUCGAGGGGAACCCGUGUUUGUGGCCUUUGCGCAUGCUUAUGGGGUUGUUGCCGUUUGAGAGGGGGCCGGGCAGUUUUAGGGUUUAUAAUACUUGGAUGGGGAGGUUGGAGGGUCCGUUCUAUGAGUGUUUGCUUAGGAAGGAGCCGGCGGCGUUGGUUUUGUUGGCUUGGUGGUUGGGGCUUAUGUGUUAUGUUGAGGAGUGGUGGGUUGAGAUGAGGGUUCGAUCGGAGUGUACGGCUAUCUGUAUGUUUUUGGAGGAUAGUUGUGAUCCGCUCGUUUUGAGGUUGUUGGAGUUUCCGGCUUCGUGUUGUGGGUAUUUGCUUAGGCAUGAGCAGGAACGGGUCCUUGAGUUGGAGUGA